GAAGGCAGCAGUCUGACAGCAUGAUAGUAUCGUCGCGCCCUCGCUUGACACUAACCACGAGCUCGCGCGCGCGCGUGGCUGCGAAAUGCGGUCGCUCGCUGGACGGACGGAUGGAUUCUGAGAUCUCGAGCCCGAUAACCACGUAGGAUUUUCUACGCAGUUGCUAAGCGCGCGGCGUCUUCUCCCUGCAGCAGACGACCGUUUGACUUACCUUUGCGAGGAACAGCAAAGUGUAAGUGCUGCGUUGUGCAUAGUAGUAGCAAAAGAGGGGUGGGGAGCCACCUAGCUGCAUAACCUCCACAAAAAACCCUUACUCCUACCUCAAGGAUGGUAAUAACUCAAUAAUUCUCGAGAACCAGCGACCCAUCAGGUGCAGAAUUGGCGAUCCCAGUCCCACGUGACAGAGCCAUUGCAUUUUGAGCCCUUUGAGGAUCAGGUACUACGUGAUGCUGGGCAGGUGGUGCCUAUUGCCUAACCUGCCAGUUUCAGAGCAAUGCUUAAAAUUAAAAACAAAAGUUGCAUUGAAAUUGCACCUUUCGGACUAUUUCUGAAUUGUUUUUUUCCAUUUGCUGUUUCGCAAUGUUGAUGGAAAAUUGCCCGUUUUUAUGAUACUGUGUAUUACAAAAACGUCAAUUAAAAAAAGUGUUUCGGUGCAUUGGAAAGAUAAUCAGGAGGCGCUGUGGCAGUAGGUGGAAUAAUCGAAUCGGAAAUGAUUUUGCAGACCAGACCGUGUUAAAAAAAAAUCAUAUCAGCAAAGUGCACAUUUGAUUGACAGGAUUAUUUUCAACUGUGCGAAGAAGUUUUUUUUUAAGGGUGGAAAUAAAACAGCGUAAAAGGUGUCUAGAAGGAGUCUCCGUUUCAGAGGAAAUAUUAUCUCCGUUUGCAAAGUUCUGUAGUCCGACACUGGAGUAACAGCAAGGUUAUGUAAGCAGUACUACGAGGGUUUUGUCGAGACGUGCGCAAGCUGCAGCAUACCAGAACGGUGGGUCGAGCAGGAUGUGUGUGACAACCUUUUAUAGGCUCGUCAUCUGAAAAUAAAAUUCUGACCAACAGUCGAAUGAAAACACUGAAUGAGUUCUUCGAAAUACGAAAAUACCAUGUGAAUUACACACCACAGUAAUGGGUCGUGAUAAAAGAAGACGAGAAGCGAGUCCUGAGGAGCUGAAAAAGAUUGCCCAAGCUAAGGCUGAGGCAGAUGAGAGAGAUGCUGAGAGAGAUGCAGAGGCAUUGCCUGAUGGUGGCUGGGGUUGGAUGGUGGUCCUUGCCUCCCUGAUCUGCAACAUCAUCGUGGAUGGCAUUUGCUAUUCAUUUGGUGUUUUUAAGACUGAGUACAUGGAAGCAUUUAAAACCACAAAUGAACAGGUUGGCUGGGUGGGAUCUUUGCUAGCAGGAUGUUACCUUACCAUUGGACCACUGGUGAGCACUCUGGCAGAGAGAUAUGGCAGCCGGAAAGUAACUAUGGUAGGUGCUGUGAUUGCAAGUGUUGGCUUUAUUCUCAGCACGCAAGCUAGAAGCAAUGAAAUGCUCAUUGCCACCUUUGGUGUAAUUGGAGGUAUUGGCUUUGGAAUGAUUUACCUCCCUGCCAUUGUGACUGUUGGACACUGGUUUGAUAAGAAAAGGGCAUUUGCAACAGGUCUAGCCGUUUGUGGUACAGGCAUUGGAACAUUCCUAUUUCCUCCUCUAGCUAAAAGGCUUAUUGAUGAAUAUGACUGGAGAGGUGCUCACCUUAUUUUGGCUGGAAUCGUAUUGAACUGUGCUGUCUGCGGCGCCUUAUUCAAGCCAGUGGACAAAGCCAGGCUAAAACGAAAACCAUGUCAUCAGUCACAAGUAGAGAUUCAGAGAGGUGCCAUUAUGAAAGCCAUGAUUGAAGAAAAGAAGCGGCAGCGCACUAUCUCUAAUGGCUCACUUGACAACUGCAUCAUCACGAAGGACAACCGCCUUAUCAAGAUUGAUCCAGUUCUGUUUGAGUGCAAGAGGAACAACUCCUUCAUUGCUCGGUUCAAGCGUUCACUGGGUUUCAGCUCGCAGAGUCUGAAUAAAAGCAAGACUAGCUUGGCAACAUGUGGCAUUCCCAGCAUCGUAAUUGAUGCAGUCAACGAGGCUCGGAAAGAAAGCAACGGGAGCCGACUGUCUCCAAUUUAUAGGCCAAGUUCCAAGGCCUCAAGCGAGAUGGAGCCCACAGAGGAAUGCAGGAUGGAUGGCAAACUUGAUUCCCCAAACAGCAGUGCUUCAAACGACAGUGGUGUGUGCACAGAUGCUCAGAAAAUGUCAUCAGAAAAUUCUGUUUCGCUUGACUUGCUUCUGAGCAUUGCACAAAAUGAGAAGAAUGACCAGCGUGCAAUAAACAUUAGUAGCUUCCACUCUGUCAACAAUCCCAUCAUUUUCACGGGAGCUUCUGGGAUACCUGGCCUAGAUGCAAGCAUCAUCAGUGUACAGGUGUUGAAUGGACCCAUCAGUGGGAGCUGCCCCAGCAUGCACCACCCUACCUCUCACAGGUCACUGGAAGAUGCAUGCUACACCAAUCCUGCUGCCUCGUCUGCAUCCUUUGUUGGUGGCUCAUUACUGAGCAUUCCGCAGAACGUCAGCCAGUGCAGCAUUGAGAGCAUGGCAUCACAGCUGCGCCGGGAGAGUCAACACACCUGCAAAAAACUGCUGUACACCAUGCGAGACAUGUUUGAGUUUCAACUCUUACGCAGCCCUCUCUUUGCUUUGCUUGUCAUUGCCAGCAUUUUAACGUUGUUUGCUUUCUUCAUCCCUUUCUUCUACAUAACUUUCAAGGCAACAGAGCUUGGGUUUGAUGAUGUGGAGUCUAUCUUCCUUUUGUCUCUUAUUGGUAUUACCAACACUAUUGGCCGCAUCAUCUCAGGCUGGAUUGCUGACAGGCCCUGGACCAAUCCACUCCAUCUUAACAAUGGAGCCCUAAUUGUGGCAGGCAUAGGAACACUACUUGUGGGGUUUUGUGAGUCCUACACCCUAUUGUGUAUCUAUGCUGCUGUCUUUGGCGUAUGUGUAGCUGUGUUUGUGUCCCUGCGGUCUAUUCUCUUAGUGGAACUUCUGGGCCUCGAGAUGCUGACAAAAUCUUUUGGAAUUCUGAUUCUUUUCCAAGGUAUUGCAACAAUGGUGGGAGCACCUGUUGCAGGUCGUUUGCUGGACACAACCCAAUCUGUCAAUGGCUGUUUUUAUUUGGCUGGAGGUCUCUUACUGCUCUCGGGUCUUCUUGGUAUACCUCUGCGCUGCUUGAAGAACAGAGAGAAAGGAAAGAUUGCUCAUACACAUCCAGAGGAAAUGGCCAUCAGAGAGACCCUAAAAAUUGAGGAAGUGGAUCUUGACAACUGAAGUCCAAAAAGCAGGCCAGUACUGGAAGCUACAAUGAUAAUUAACCCCUCUGUGUGCCCUGGGAAGGGCAGUUUUAGACCAUGCCUAUUAAGAGUACAGAUAGCCCCGCUGGCGGAGUGACGUUGCAAGAAAUGUGCAUUAGCUUGGAGAUUCUGCGAAACAAGGGAGACAAUUUGAUAUAGCAACAUGGAAGCAGGUCGUGGGCAUUGCUUAGAUUUCUUGAAAAAGCCUGUUCUCAGCAUGUGAAGUAAAGGCAUAAAUGAACUUGUCAUUUUAUUUCUUAUGGUGUAAUAUAUUUGUCUCCAUCAUUGUUGUGUAGCUUGGCUAUACAAUAUUGCAAAAACAAACCUAGCCUUAUGUAUCUGGACGUGUGCAUUACAUGUUAAAGAGUUGGCAAUACUGUUUAAACUGAAUAAUGUCAAGGUGGUUGAUUUGGGAUGUAGACUUGAAUAAGAUUUAAUAAGACUGAAAAUGACUUGUGUCUAAGUCACUGUUCAAAACAUUGAGAGUGCCUGCAUUUGUGCACCUGCAAUUAUGAAUAAAUGUGGGAGGAUAUAAGCCACCCCAAAUUCACUAAAUGUGAUGGAAUAAUCUCUUUAAUAAAGUAACAAUUCAUGUUCAGCUAAUGAUAUGUGCAUAUACGCGUGUGAGGUUCAUGAUGAGUUUGGUGAUACAAUCUCUUGUUUUGCGGUUAAUGAGGAAUGAUGCAGAUAAUGUGCAUAAAUGUUUGAAAAGCUUGUGUAUGAAUCCUGUUUGUAAAUUUUGUAAUGGUAUGUUGUAAGAAAGUAUGUGCUUAAAGAUCUUUAGGGAAUCUGCAUACUGUUCAUUGUUAAGAAGUCAGUGACAAAGAUUGUUCUUGCUGUAUUGGAUUGAAGUGUUGAUACUUUUAUUUUUCAAAAUAUUUUGAUGAAUGCGUAUGUGUGUGUGCAUGCAUGUGUUCAUGCAGACAUAUGUGUUGUCAGGUAUCUGUUUUGAACAAGAUAAGUGCUGUUUAAGUAUGUCUAUAAACUAUCUAAGAUGCUUCUGUUUGAAACUUGCAUAUAGCAAACUUAAACAGGCAAACAUUACACAUUAUAACUCUGAUUGAUUUUCUGUAUCAUAAAAAGGCAUUUCUUUGAAUGUUGUGAAAAGAAUUUAAAAUUUAUGUGCCAGGAAAAGAAAAAGGUUUUUGAAAUGUGAAUAUGACGGUAAGGCAAAUAUGUGGAUAGUGUGUAUGUUAAUAGGGAUGUAUGUUAGAUUUUAUGCCAGAAUAUAUAUAUAUGCUUGUUUUCCAGUUAACUUACACAUUUGUCAAAAAUGAUUCCUUAAUUCUUUUUCAGCACUGCUUGCUUAGUUUUUUCACCUUUCCACUUCAUGGCAUUUCAUGUUUAACCACUUUUCACACUUUCUCCUAUGGCAUUUUUGUUGUCCAGUGUACGCCUCCUUUUAUAGGGCAGUCAAAAAGUAUUGAAGUCAGAAAGUAUUUGUGUCAAACUGUUCACUUUGUUUUUGGAACUAGGGGCUGGUAUACCUUUUUAAGUGCCUCUUUAAUGUACAUAAAACAAGGUAUUGACACCACAGACAUCAGGUAUGGUGUCUUGUGCUUGUAUGCAUGUAAUUCUCACUUCAUUCAUUUUAAGUCUUUUACCUGAGCUUGCGUGAUAGGUACUGUAGCAGGAAGAGUAAUGAGCUUACCUGUUCUGUUUGGGUGGGAUGUGCUUGUUAAUGAUCUUUGGAAGCAGAAAACUAGCAACAAAUUUUACAGAUCAAUUGAUAAAUCUUUGCAUUCUACUCAGAUGUCACAGGCACGAGAGCUUGGACAUGGGAAAGAGUUCGAGCAGAGGAUUAGAACAGGAAAGAUCACAGGGUUAAACUUGGGUGGUGUGGGGGGAACAGAAGGGGAGAAAAAGAAAUUGCAAUAAAUGUGUUGCAAAUGCUUUGCUGGAUCUCUUGAUAAAAGAGGUGUGAGGAAUAUUAUGAACUGUGUGUGACAUAUUUUAUGGAAAAAAAACACAUGGUUUUGCAUUUGUAUAUGCUCUCAGGACCCAGAUGUUCGUGCCUUGAUGAAAUUGUAGAAAAGAGAAGGUUCCCUUGCCCCCAGGUUCAGUGCUUAGUUACUGUCCUUUGAAAUGUUGUCAUUGCUGAGUUUAUAUUGGAAGAAAAAGUCUGCCAAAAUAUUUUUAUGUCCAUGCAUUCUUGUUUUAUUUUUAUUGGACUCCAUGAUGAAUGACCUUUUGUAAGAGGUUUGAAAGAUAAACAUUUUUUUCUUCUUUUAUUUUAGCCAACUUGUGUUUAUAGUGCUUUUGACCUCCAAGCAGGAAGGUGGUUGAUUACUACAGAAUAAAGUAUGUCAAGGGAAAUAAAAGGCUGAAUAGUUAACUGCUAAUAAAAUUAAAGAUUACAAGCUGGAAGAGAUAUGCCUGUGUCCAUUCAUCGUGUAUAGCUUGCUGUUACAGACUUUGCUCCAGAUAUUUGAUGGCAAGUGGAGCUGACAAAAAAGGAAAAAAAAUGGCAUCUUUCUGUCUGUGCGUGAGACGUUAUAUGUUGUGAGCCCUGAUUUUUUUAUGAGUGGGGAAGGGCUUUGUGCAAGAUAAGGAAAGUGUGUAUGUCUGUGUGUAUAAUUGUGAUUGAUGGUGGCACCACUAUACAGUUGUUGAAGCUACGCAUGCCAGCCGUUUUGAUGUUUGGGAAACCAUUUCAGACUGAGGAUGUUUUUGAAAUGCACAGACACCUUUCGAUUCUGUUAAUUCAAAUUACAUUUUUUAAUAACUAUGAAAAGAUGUCUUCUGAAUUCUGGUUAGAAUUAUUGAAGAUUUAACUUCAGUCUAUAGUUGUAGAAAAAUUUUUAUAUGAUAAUUAAGAUCAGAUAUUUAACAAUUACUGAGUCUAGUCUUUAUAAAUAUGAACCAUCAUGGAUUUAUUGGGAUGGUUGUUUGCUUGUUCAGACAAGCAAUCCUGACCCAGUAGUAAAAUCUAAAAAAGCACAUUUUAAACAGGCAUCUUUUGGGUUGUUAUGACCAGUUCUAGUCCAUUGUGAGAUGCAAGUCUGCAAAUAUUAUGUAGAAUGUUAAGAAGAGCUGCCUGCAAGUUAAGAGGAAACUUGGAUUGCAAAGAAUACUUUUCCUUGUCUUGCAGUUAAAGAACAAAAAAAGAAUGAUGUCUGUUUUGUCAUACAAGAAUUUUUCUUUUUUAAUGUUUUUAUCCUCUGAAGCAUUUUAUUUUUAUGGAAAGGAUGAAUGGAGCAUUGCAUCUGGGAUGUGUGGUUUAUGAACAGAGUAACAGAGUAUAUGGCAGUGUAGGAUAAAAGCUGCAAAAAGUAAACAUCCACCCGACUUUUUAUAUUUUUCCUUUUUUGAUAAUAAAAUGGGAAUCUGUUUUACAAAGCAUUGUGGUAAAAUUAAUGUAGAUGGGCAUUGUGACUAGAAUAUUAAGUGAAGUUUUGCAGAAAAAGAAAAUCUCCCUCCCCCCCACCUCCAAUCACCACCACCACCCAGUCGACUGAAACACAUCUUGGAAAGAGUACAGUGUUUAUGGGCCUUAAUUCAAGUGGGUUAGUCAAGAACAAGUAAUGGCAAGGGACAAAAUUUGGUAUACAUAAAUAAAAUGUGGAAAAUAAGCAUAAAGUCCUAAGUUAUAUUUUUUUAAGAAACAAUCUGAAAACUAAAUUUUUAAAUGUUCUGGUUGUAAAGUGUAUUUAGAGCUUUACACGUGACAGUUUUAAAUAUGCUGCAUUUUUAUUAACUUAGCAGCAUGGUUGGCAUUUGAAUUGAAAAACCUGAAAUCGAAUUUUAUCAAUAGGUUCGUAAUAAUGUGCAAAAAGUAAUGAAUGCACCCAAUUGAUUUGUUUUUAAAAUCCUUAUGAAUAUUGUUUAGGUUGGUCAGCAUUGGAGAAAGGUAUUAAGCCUUAUAGGUUGGUACAGUGGAUUUGAGGAAACUUUUUAAUGAACUAUACUUGUCUCAGAAAAUGAGACUUUUGGUGCAGGGCUAUAAACUUUAUAAAAUGACAAUGCCACAAAUACUUCAUGGUGUUUUGACCUAGAAAGUAACCAGCAUGUUCCAUUGCUACAAAGAUAAAUGUUACAUCAACACAUCUGUGUGCAUGUUUCUGUCAACACUGUGAUGUGGACUAGCGUUCCCACCAGAAGUAGCAGGUGGAUCCUCAUUACAAAGUCGAGACUUUCAUUGUUUCUCUCUUGUUUUGCAUCAGUUGCGGAACUUUUGCUGGGAGAGAUGCCUGAAAUGUUUCUGUAGUCCUUAGAAAGUUGAUGUAGAUAUUCACUGACAUUGUGAAAGGCUGUUGAUGAAUUUCUUUUACUUGAUCUGCGACUUUUAUACAGCGGAAAAUAAUGGAAAUAAAGGUCGUGGAAUUUGCA